AUGCAAAUGGGUACUACUAGAAGAGGUAAGAAAAUUCAUAAAUUUGAGAGCGAGUCCUUGGGUUUCAAGUUCAAAGACAAAGCCCCCUUUGCUCUGAAUCAUAUUAUCGUCAUCGUUUACAAAUACAAUACACCACAUUGCCUCCUUUCGUUCCCUUGGAUUGGAGAAGUGUUGUAUUCCUUACUGUUACACCUUCCAACCAUUUCCAUCUCUCAGGUGACUGACUGUCUCUAUCUCUCUCUAUCUCUUCCCCCUUCUCUAUCAAGUUUAGUCUUCGAUGUUGUUUCGAGUACUUAUGUAGACCAAUUCUAUGCAUUUGAGUUGAACGAACAGCUUCUUUGUUCCGAAUCUGUGGACAGUUUGUUUAUAUUCGCAAACGACAAGAGCAGACUAAACCUAACAAUGGAUAGUGGAGGGAACUCUUUACCUUCGGGUCCUGAUGGAGUGAAGCGUAAAGUUAGUUAUUUUUAUGAUCCUGAGGUGGGGAAUUACUAUUACGGGCAAGGACACCCUAUGAAGCCACACAGGAUUCGCAUGACACACGCCCUUCUCGCACACUACGGGCUGCUGCAGCAUAUGCAUGUUCUCAAACCCAAUCCUGCUCGGGACAAAGACCUGUGCAGAUUUCAUGCUGAUGAUUAUGUCUCUUUCUUGAGGAGCAUCACCCCUGAAACACAACAGGAGCAGCUCAGGCAGCUAAAGAGGUUUAAUGUUGGUGAAGACUGCCCUGUGUUUGACGGCCUCUACUCCUUUUGUCAAACUUACGCCGGUGGUUCUGUUGGUGGGGCUGUCAAGUUGAAUCAUGGACAUUGUGACAUAGCUGUCAAUUGGGCUGGGGGAUUACACCAUGCAAAGAAGUGUGAGGCCUCUGGUUUUUGCUAUGUCAAUGAUAUAGUGCUGGCUAUCUUGGAACUUCUCAAAGUGCAUGAGCGUGUUCUGUAUGUAGACAUUGACAUUCAUCAUGGUGAUGGUGUUGAAGAAGCAUUCUAUACUACAGACAGAGUCAUGACUGUUUCUUUCCAUAAAUUUGGAGAUUAUUUUCCUGGUACGGGUGAUGUACGUGAUAUUGGAUAUGGGAAAGGGAAAUAUUACUCUCUUAAUGUUCCCUUGGAUGAUGGAAUUGAUGAUGAAAGCUAUCAGUCCCUGUUUAAGCCAAUAAUGGGCAAGGUGAUGGAAGUUUUUCGUCCUGGUGCUGUUGUAUUACAAUGUGGUGCAGAUUCUUUGUCUGGGGAUCGAUUAGGUUGCUUUAAUCUCUCAAUUAAAGGUCAUGCAGAGUGCGUCAAGUUCAUGAGAUCUUUUAAUGUGCCACUACUUUUGUUGGGUGGAGGUGGUUAUACUAUACGUAAUGUUGCUCGUUGUUGGUGUUAUGAGACAGGUGUAGCACUUGGGAUUGAACUUGAAGACAAGAUGCCUCAACAUGAAUAUUAUGAGUACUUUGGCCCAGAUUAUAAUCUGCACGUCGCUCCAAGUAACAUGGAAAAUAAGAAUUCUCGUCAUUUAUUGGAAGAGAUCAGAUCAAAGCUUCUUGAUAAUCUUGCAAAGCUUCAACAUGCCCCAAGUGUCCAGUUCCAGGAGCGACCACCAGAUGCUGAACUCCCAGAGGUGGAAGAUCAGGAUGGCGAGGAUGAAAGAAAUGAUCCCAACUCUGACAUGGAUGUUGAUGAUGAUCGCAAGCCUAUACCUGGAAGAGUGAAGAGUGAAUUUCUGGAGCCUGAAACAAAAGACAUGGACGUCGUGAAAGAAGAUGGUCGAAACAAGGAAGAUGAUCUGAAGUGCUCCGAACCUCUUGCCUGAAGUGUAGAUCUACAUUUCACAUAUUAAGUUAUGGUGGUGUAAACAUCUAAAAUUCAUGGAAGUAAAACUAUUCAACUUUAGUGAGUGAUUGGAACAUCAAGGAACCUACAUGCUACUCUGUAAAGGAGAGUUACAAGUACAUUAUGCAAUCGCAUCUGAGUCUUUUUGUGUCGAGAAGCAGUAUAAUAUGUGUUAAAUGUGUUUUUUACUUUUAAACUUUAUUUUCUCCCACUCAAUGGAAUCAAUAGAGAAACAAAGGAUUGAAGUUUGGCUGUUGAAGCAUGAUGUGGUAGUGGUAGUAGCACUUGUUUGCUAGACUCAUAUUUUGGCAUAAUAUUGAAAGCCGAAUUCGGUGUAGUUAUGAAGAAUGGACAUUCUGGCAGACUUAACUAAUAUCUUACCACUUGAGGUCAAAUGAGUUCAGUGAACAAAAUUGUUCUUUU